CCUUCAGUGGCGGAAUGCUUUUCAGUGAAUCUAUGCGCUUGUGUCUUUCGUCUCACGGACCUGCAGAUGAAGUUUUGACAUUUCGCGAGGUUUCCGGGACUCUGUCGUCGACAUCGUGUGUAUUGAUGUUUUUAUUCCUCGUUUUUAAUCCGCCGGUAGCCUGAAGUGAUUUGGAGGGCUAUCAGCCCCCAUCAUGUAAACAGAUGCUCCAGUGCUCAGUUAAACCACCGCCGCACAUCAGAGUCAAUAUGCAAAACUCGUAUGAAGCAUCAAAGAGAAAAGCAGCUUUCAGGCGAGAUUAAAACAACACCGUCCCAACUGUCACAGCCACCACUGCCACCAUGCCCGGUGAGGACAAACCACCACAGCAGACCCGGCAGAGGAGAAAGAACAAAAAGUCCCGCUCUAAGGGGAAGAGCGUCGGUGGGAGUCCCAGUGCCGGGCCGGGAGGCAGCGUAGAUGGACAGGAUGACCUCCUCUUACCUCCGGUCCUCCAGCCUCCCCCGAAGAAGCAGCCGGUGGAGAGGCCGAAGGUGCCGGUGGCCAAGGUGGAGGAGGAGUCGUCCAUAGUUAUCUGUCUCCAGGUGCUUUUUCCCUACCUGCUGGCUGGGAUGGGCAUGGUGAUGGCCGGCAUGGUGCUGGACAGUGUACAGCACUGGGAGGUGUUUAAGGUGAUAACGGAGGUUUUCAUCCUGGUGCCUGCGCUGGUCGGACUCAAAGGAAACCUGGAGAUGACCCUGGCUGCUCGCCUCUCCACUGCUGCCAACACAGGUCAAAUGGACGACCCUGAUAAACAAUGGACGAUGGUGUGCAGCAAUCUGGCACUAAUACAGGUUCAGGCCACAGUGGUGGGCUUCCUCGCAGCAGUGGCAGCCGUGUGUUUAGGAGCCAUUUCCAGAGGAGGCAUUGAACUGGACCAGGCGGCUGUUCUGUGCGCCAGCAGCAUCACCACUGCCUUUGUAGCUGCUCUGUCUUUAGGCCUGGUGAUGAUCGGAGUGAUCAUCGGCUCCAGGAAGGUGGGAAUCAACCCCGACAACGUGGCCACCCCCAUCGCUGCCAGCCUGGGGGAUUUGAUCACCCUGUCCCUGCUGGCCGGCGUCAGCAGCACACUCUACGAGUAUAUAGAUAUAUGGUACCUGUCCCCCCUGGUGUGUCUGGUCUUCCUGGCUCUGAUCCCUCUGUGGGUGUUGGUGGCUCGACAGAGCCCCCAGAUCAGUGAGGUUCUCCGCUCAGGGUGGCAGCCUGUGAUAGUGGCCAUGUCUAUUAGCAGUUUCGGAGGACUCAUACUGGACAAGACAGUGAGUGAUCCCAACUUUGAGGGCAUGGCAGUCUUCACGCCCGUCAUUAACGGAGUGGGUGGUAACUUGGUGGCCAUCCAGGCCAGUAGGAUCUCCACCUACCUGCACUUUUGGAGCAUCCCGGGCGUGCUGCCCUAUAAGAUGAGGCAGCACUGGCCCAAUCCCUGUAUCACCUUCUUCUCCUCAGGGGUGAACUCCAAGUCUGCGCGCGUGCUGCUGAUGCUGGUUAUCCCCGGUCACCUGGUCUUCCUCUACGCCAUCUCUCUGCUGCAGGGAGAGGAGGCGCCUAUCUCUAUAGCCUUCACCGUCUGCUACCUGUGUGCUGCUCUGCUACAGGUGGCUAUCCUCCUUUAUGUUGCUGACCUCAUUGUCCGCUUGAUGUGGAGAAGGAGUCUGGACCCGGACAACUUCUCCAUCCCCUACCUGACCGCCCUGGGCGACCUGCUGGGCACUGGCUUCCUGGCCUUGUGCUUCCGCUGUGUCUCACUUGCUCAGAGCCUGGGUCUAUGAAUUUUCCCCUGUACCAUGAACUCUUAGCCAGCCACUGUCUUGUUGCACCGAUUUUGUUUGCACAGAGAUGCUUUUGAUUGGACAAUAAAGCAUUUUCUAAUCUUUAUCACAGGGCCAGUUCAUCCCAAGGAAUUUGUCACAAAUUCAGACCUUUACACUAGUGGAGAGACAGCACAUGUGACACCCACCCACUUACACCCAUCCAUCUGGGUGUAAAGUUUGCUGCCUGAAAAUGUCCGGCCCUCAGCUGGAUCUGAUUCUUUUAUUCAAGUGCAAAAGACUUCAAAAUAUUUUGAAGUUUUACUUCUCUCCUUCAGAACAUCUGCUACACUAUUUUAGUUAAAAAUCAUUCCUCUUUAUUUCUGUGGUCUAAUUUCCCUGCACUAACAACAGUUUGGUGGCUCUGUGCUCACCUCGUCUCUUAGCUCAUCUCUUUGGCUUCAUCAGAGGAAUAUGUAGCAGCAGAACAUCAUAGCAGCAGAACAUCAUGGCAGCAUAUCAACUGUGCAGGCCAGUAGAAAUGUUUUUCAAUGGCCUUCACUGUGAACAAACGGUUUGUUUGUGGAAAUUUGUUUGAACUUGAAUAGAACAAACAGACUUAAAGCAGCCCUCAUUUAGGUGGGCUGUACUAUGCAUUAAGGCUAGAGGUUGUGGAGGUUGAUACAUGUCGUACAGUAACUGGAAUUUUCAUGGAUGUAUGUCCAAUAUAUGAGUUUGGAUCCGUCUUUACUUUUUUAGAACAAAUGGAACAGAUGGUUUUUGUCAUGCACAAAAGUAACACAUCACAUGAAAAAAAAACUGAAUCUCCAUUAUUAUUCAUAUAAUAUACUUCAUGAGAGUCUAAUAACCAAAAUCCCCCAUUUUUCUACAGUUUUUGCUGAAUUAAUUUUUACGUUUUUUGAGAUAGAGCUGUCUGACAGACAGAUGGCAUGAGGUAUUUUCAUGGCCAAAUCCAAGUGGCAGGCUGCACAAUGGAAACAGUGUGAUUAGGAGGAGGACUAUUAGUAGGUGUGGUUGGAGAUUGUAUCAGUCAUAAACAUCAUGCAGAGAACAGUGCAGAGCAGCUCCACCUCAUGUACUAAUAGUAAACGGUGACUGCUGUGCAGGAGGUGCAGAAUCAUCAUAUCAUUCUAUAGCGCACCUGAAAAAAUAAUGGCGGAUACAGUAACAUAUUUAGUCGCUCUGUUUGUUGGAGAAUUAUUACAUAGUGUUUUUUUGUGAAAUGAGGUGAGGAUCCAAACAAAACAAAACUUAUCAUAAAGACUGUUUGACUUUGGGAGGGGUGGAGGGCAUACACCAGCAAGUUUUUGACAAUUAUAAUUGAUGUGUUUGUGUCCAGCAUCCCCACUCACUGUGUCUAUGAUGGCACCUACUGGCAUCAAUAGUGAAGAUUAAAAAUUAUUCCAGACUAGUGGAAUAAAAUCAAAAUCCAUGAAAAGAUACUGUUAAAGAAAUGAUUUGAUCUUUUGGAAAAUAGACUUAUCUGCCAAGAGUUAAAUGAGGAGAUUGAUGAGAUUGAUAACACUGUAUGCUAAAAAUGAGUUUACAGCCAGCUAAUGUAGUUUAGCACAAAGACUGGAAAAGGGGAAACAGCUAGGCCUCGCUCUGUCCAAAAGGUAACAAAAUCUCUUACCAACAUUUACUAAAACAUAUGUCUCUUGUUUAAGUGUAAAAACAAAAAUUCACUCAUUUUUGUGGUUAUGUGCAAACCUAUUUUUUGGCCUGGAAGUUCAGUUUUUGUAUGGAUUAAACAAAUGAGAUAUAACGUUAAUUAGUCAAAUCUAGAGGUGCUUGUAGGUGCCUGGAUUCUGACAAUGGCAGGCUAGUUCUUUCCUCCUGUUUCCAGUCUUCCAGGUUGAAUAUAAAUUGGUAUCGAUCUUCUCAUCUAACGCUUGGCAAGAAAGCAAAUAACAUUUUUUUCCAAAAUCUCAAACCUUUCCUUUAAUGGGCGGGAAAAUGAUUUGCUAAAGCUACAGUAAUAGGCCUGUAAACAUUGAUGGCUGUUGCUUCUAACACACUUCUUCACUGGGAUCUAUUUGAUCCCAGUGAAAAGACUACAUUUCUGACUUAAAGCCCCCAUCCCUCACAAAAACUGUUUCCAGAAUACCUAAUAUGCAGAUGACGUAUUGCUUUUUGUUGCACAUAGAUAUACAAUGCCAUUAAACUGGCACAUGCAAAUGAUACAGUAAUAAAUAUAAAUAAGCAAUGAGAUUGUUUUUCAGAUUCUACAUCAUAACAGAAACUGUUUAAAGACCCAGAUGUUACCUUCUAAAGCGCUCUGAAAAAUGUCACCACACAUCUCACUAUUUGUAGAGCAAUGUCAAUAUUGAACAAAUAUUUUGCAAUAUUUAAAUUUAUUGUGAAUUUUGCGCUGCCACUCAAUCUAAAAAAACAAAAAAAAAAACAGCAAUGAACUUACACAGAUGACUUCUACAUGUAUUUGUUUUCAACCAUCAGCCCAGGUUUAUGUGUUUACAUUGAUUAUUUAGCUGCAGAGGAUCUUGGGUAUUCCCUCACUUACUGCCUUACUGCUCAUUAUAACGUAAGAACCAUGAAACCUCAUCAUUACUGUAGUGAGUGCAUAUACAUGCACACGUUACUCUUUAGUGUGUUCAGACAGACAGCGAGGUGAAUUGACCUUGCGUCAUCCGCACACAAGCUGGAACUCACCUUUAACUCCAGUUCUUUAUAUUUUACUCCAGUCUCUCUCCAUUUUUCCUCUCAUCUUGUCACUACAUAGCCAACAUUAGCAUUAACAGCUGUUUACUCACCAGUCUAGAAGAAAAGUUGCGAGUUCAGCAUCAAAUUUCUUUCUUUUACUUACCAAGAGCUUUUUCCAGCAGUGGAAAUCAACUAUUGCCUUGAUCACGUCUUUUCUUCAACUGAGUGUGUUAACCAGCUAGUCGUGGCCCAUCUCGUCACUUUGUGAUAGCGAGUCAAUGUAGCCUCCAAUCUGCCCUGUAGACCCUGAUUAACUCUUGCAACGAUGGCCAAAGCUUUGUCAAGCAACAAUCACCAUCAGUGGCCGAGUCCCUUUAACACCGUCCUGGGCGAAUUUGUGUCUCUUCUUUCUAACUAAUUUCAUCCUUCCAUUGACUUUGUUUACAAUCACAUCAUGUCUAAAAUUCACCUCGCAUUCUGUUUGAAGUAACACCUAUUAUUCAAUUAACAGUUAAAGUCAUGUUUAAGCAUCUCUAUAUUCAAAUUGUGUAUAAUUUCAGCUGACAUAAAUACACAAAAAGAUAACAAUUAAUAUAUAACUGCAAAAACCACAGUAUUCUGGAUUCAGAACUUAAAUGUCUGAAGUACACUGGCCAGCUCUCUAACCUUGCUGUCAUACUUUGUGUAUGAGCUUCAUAUCAAAGAUUUACACAAUAUCUCAAAAACAACAACAAGAAAUACAAACGUGUGUGUAAAUGCACUCAUUAAAAUCACAUGGAACAUGUUUGCUGUUUGCUGUUACUCGUACCUAUUUUUAGAGACGAACCUCAUAAACACUGAAAUCUGAGGCACUUCUGAAAACAACCUGUCUGAAUAUUAGUGUGAGGUAUUUCAGUGUUAAUAGUGCUUUGCUAAAAGCUUUUAUUGUGACACUGUUACACAGUACUUUCUACACUAGAGGGUAAUGAAAUCUUAAGAUGUACUAUUUGAGUCACAGUUUAUUUCACUCGAGUUUACUGAGAUUAAUGUGUUAACUGUGAUACUGUAAGAAUUAGAGUAAAGGUAGUGUAGUACCAGCACGAAAGUGUGUCUUAAUCGAUUGGGCUGGAUGAUAUAACCUGUCACAUUUAUAUCGGUAAUGGAUGUAAUAAUCUUUUUUUUUUAAAUACAUCAUUGUAUUUAUUUCCAUUAUUGUGUUGGGUUGCUUCUUAUGUUUGUUCCAAUAUAUUAUCAUUAUUAUUAUUAUUAUUAUUAUUAAUUAACAGUUUGACCAGUUAAUAAUUCUAGACCUGUUGACAUUAUUGAUUGGUUAAAUGUCCAUUAGAAGUCACUGGUUUCUGUUGCUAUUCUUAAACUAAAUAUAUGGAAUUUAUGGUUUUAUAGCUUGCUUGAAUUUUUGAGUGAGUAAUUCUUAGUUUGUAAUAAUGGUGGUCAUUUAAAGGAGUAGGCUAGUUCAGUGUUUGGGAAACAUGUUUAUUAAUCUAUUGCCAAGGUUUAGAUGAGAAAAUUGCAAGACGCCAAAACAAAACUGGUUCUAUUCCAGAAGUAAAAAACCUCAAUUUAAAAUCCCGUUGACAUUUCUGACAUUUCUAAUCGUGCAAAUAACUAAAAGUCCAGUGUUGGAACACGUAGCUUUUAGCAUACUGUAUGUCACGUGGCUCACUCUAUAUGUUUGGAUAACAAAAGAAAAAAAAAAGAUGGCCAUUAAAUAUUUCUGCUUUCAGCGGCCUUGAAGGAACACCAUUUCCCAGAAGCUUUAGAGUACCAUGGAAUCAUGCUCAUAAAAACAGUAGCACCACAGGAUUAACCAUUGUAGGAGUUUUUAUAUGGAUUGUAAUCCAAAGAAUACUUAAGUUUCCUAAAAAUACACAUUAAAGAAAUAUUGAAUGGAUGAGUUACAGAGGCUACUGUGCCUGAUACCUCGGUUUUCUAUACCUAUGUAUUCUAAAUCUGAAAGUAAAGCUAAAGCCAGUGGGCAAUUAGCUGAGCUUAACUUGUUCUACAUUCAAAGUAAUUAAAUAAAAGAGACAAGAUGCUUUUUACAUGGAGUUUAAUGCUGUAAUGUUGGUGUGACGUAAUGGGCCAGUAACUAUAGCACUUAAGGUAAAUAGCUCCAAUGUGUAACUCUCUGUAAAACUACAACUUGUAAUUUUUACUUAAAAAGAUAUAUAAGGUAUAUAAGGUAUAUAAUAAUUUAGAGAAAACUAUGCAGUUUCCCCCUGCUUUCCCGCAGUCUUUAUGCUAAGUAAGCUAAGCUAACUGCCUGCUAGCUAUAGCUUUAUAUUUAGCAAACAAACAGGAGUGGCUUCAAUCUUCUCAUCUGACUCUUACCAAGACAGUUAAUAAACAUGUUUCCCAAAAUGUUCAAAUAUAACCUUUAAAAAAAUAUCUGGUUUAUCAUCCAGCCCUAUUAUGUCAAAGAGUGUGAUGGCAAAAAUCUCAUUGCAAACUUGCACUUUUGGUUUAAUAGUUGCCUUGAAAACAAAAUCAAUGUUUAAAAUGAACUGUGUCUUAGCUAAAAUGUCGUCAUCUACAACCAUGUCAAUGUCAACAAAUAGCUUUAUCCGCGGUGUUGCAGCAGUCCUUUCUCUCUUGCUUUCUGUAGACAAAACUUUGUACUGUACUUCAAUGUUGACACUGCCACAUGAAGACUGUAGGGGCUUCUAAAAUGCCUUCAUUUUCUAAUCUUUGCUGUGUUCACUGUCACCCGAGCUUCCACUCCCAGUGUGUUGUCUUAUGUGUGCGCAAAGAUCAAGUGUGGAAUCAAAAACAUGACAAAUGUUUGGUGAGUGUUUAUGUGAUUUUUGUGGCUAUGAACAAUUAUAUUUUAAUAAAAACCAACAGUGUUA